AAGCCCAUUACGACGAAAACAGAAACAAACCACUCUCCUCGAUUUUUGCGUUGGUUUAUAGCUUUUCCUCCCAAACCAUACAACAAAACAAUAUCUCUUCAUCUUCUCCUUCGCCUUCUCCUUCGCCGUUUCGUUUUCCGUUUUCUGUAACAGCAUGUCAAAGUAUCGGAGGAUGAAGGGUAUGGAGGAAUCCUAUGGUGGUGCUUCUGGAGAGUUUCCUGAAUUUGGUGCUAUUUUCAUGUCCAAUGACUUUACAAGAAAGGAGUGUCUUAGGCGAGAGCUUUUCGGUUUGCCAAUGAGGCAAGCCGGUUUUGUUAAACAUGUCAAAGCCGGAAUGAUACUGUUUUUGUUUGAAUUCGAGAGUAGAGAGCUUCAUGGUGUAUUUCAGGCUUCCUCUGAUGGUGAUAUAAACAUUGAGCCUAACGCAUUCCACUCUUCUGGGAAACAGUUUCCUGCUCAGGUUAAGUUUACUGAGAAGUGGCGUUGUAGGCCGCUUCCUGAAAGCGAGUUUCGUCAUGCUAUUCUUGAAAACUACUUUACCGCAACAAAGUUCAAUUUUGGACUCUCCAAGGCUCAGGUUCAGAGGCUGUUGAAGUUGUUUAGCUUGAAGAAGGAAGAUGGAUCAUGGCUGAGAAAAACUGCAGUUGUUGAAAGUAGUCUGAGAAAUAGGGUUGGUGGUCGAGGCUUUGGGAAUCGUAAUGCAGGAGAAACGGAUGAAGAUGUUGACCUUGAGUUUCCAUACAGAGUUACUUCAGCAGGAGAUGCCCGUGGUCGUAGGCCUACAGAAAAUUAUGGUUUUGGGGAUGAAUCUGAUAUUGGCCUAGAGUUUGAUCCAGCUAAAAGGAAUGAGUAUUCUGGAGAAACAUCUGGCGUUAACCUGAACUAUAGCUUUGGCAAAAAUGCUUUAACUAAUAAUUCUCUUGUUAAUGAUCGAAGGGUCCCGAAGAACCUGAGACACACUGCAAGUGGCUGGGUAGAAAACGAGUACAAUGAAAAAGAUGGUAUCGCACAGGAACGCCUGUGGUCUAACGACAAAGAAGAUCCAGCUGUUCUUCCUCAAAGAAUACCGCUAGACAUACGAUAUGGAACAAACACACUGUACUAUGACCCGAGUGAGCCCGGGAUCAUGGAAGAUGCAACAAUGGCAAGCUCUAAGCAUAAUCUUCGUUCACCUAAUGUUGAUUUAAACGGCUCAGCUUCCUUUUCAGCCAACUCAAAUUAUGGUUUGGUAGAAGAAUAUAUACCUGUUGGUGGCUAUGUCAAUGACGCUUUGACCUUUGAAACAGUCCAACCACUUCCUGAUGAACGUAAUGGUACCAGCAUGAACACUAGUAGUUUGGGUUAUAUUCCAAUGCCUAUUGAACAUCGUGAAUACCAAACUAAACUAGGCAUGUCUGGAGCUGUGCGUGCUGAAUUUGAAUCUGGAUUUAGAAAUGGUCAUUUGCGUCAGAACCAGUUUCCUGGUCUCUCAACUUCUGCAGGGACUACUGAGAACAUGAAGAAGGUUGAGAGUCUACCGUACCCCGACCACAGCAUCUUCCCUUCAUUUGCUGACCCUUCAUCGUCAAGGGAUGUGUCUCCUAAGGACAGACUCAACAAUGAAAUUCAAGCAUAUCAACACCAAGAAGAAUUUGGAGGUCAUGUUUCUUAUACAAACAAUAUGGCUGUACGGAGUUCCAGUAUAUACCCUUCUUUUGCAUAUCCUUCAACAACGAGGGAUGGUUCUGAUUUGUAUGACAGAACUAAUAUCAAAGGCCAAGCUUAUCAACGGCAUGAAGAAUUUGGCGGUAAUGCUUUUGACUCUAACAAUAGGGUAACUCAAAUAGAAGAGCGUGUUAAUCCUGCUGAACUUGGAAGAAAUAGAACCAGAGAGAGUGUCUUCAAAAGGCUGGGUGUGCCUUCAAAAGGACGUGAUGCUAAAGACAAUAUUUCUCCAGACACUGAAUCAGUCGAUGAGGUCAUGGCAUAUUUAAACGACUGUCACAAACAUUGGAUGGAGCAAAAAAGAUUAAAUAUGGGUACCUCUGAGGAUUCUGGAAAACCGAAGAAGAAAAAGGAAAAGAUUCAGACAGCAGAGGUACUUGACAAUGAUAUGAUGCGUCAUUUUACCGAGACUACUCCAGAUGAUUUGUUCGAUUGUGAAGGAAGUAUCGAACAUAAUGUUCCAAAACUACCGAUCAUUAAUUUUAAGCGCCGUAGCGAAGCUCAAAAGAGCCCUGGUGAGCCAACUCAAGGGUGUAAAGAGAACCCCGAAACUCCAGCUUCUCAGAACAAGAAAAGGAAGCUGAUGAGGCCAAAACUCAUUGAAGAUGACUUGGGAAAGGAUAGAGGAAACAAAGUUAAUCCUAUGAGAAUUGUCUCAGCUUCGGAAAAAGAUAGAGAUAACAAUGUUGAUACUAUGCUAAAAUUCUUGGCCUCACAGUCAGCUACUGAAGUCCCCGUCCAUAAUGAAGAUAACUCAAUAAGCAGUAGAGGCAAAAAUGAGGAUCCUAUUGAAAAUACCUUGGCCUCACAGUCUGCUGUUGAAGUCCCCGUCCAUGAUUUCGUUGGAUGUGAUGAAGAUGACUCAGAAAAGGAUAGAGGAAAGGAUGUUAAUCCUAUUGACAAUGUAUUGGCCUAUCAGUCAGCUACUGAAGUCCCCCUUCCAUGACUUCCUUGGACGUGAUGAUCUAUAAACACUCAAAUAGAGUUGGAAGUACUAAAGGACAGAACAAGGCCUCUUCCUAGAUGUACUUCUACAAUAGAAGGUGCAGGUUGUUCCCUAGCUGUUGUAUCAUUUAGUUUGUCUUCUUAAUCAUGCUGACCAUAUUAUAUCUGGUACUAGCAUAUAGAAUCAAUGCUUUUGCAUGCUUUGGCAUAACAACCAUUUUUUGGUACUUGUGAAGUUUUGUGCUGGUGUCAAA